UGUUGCAAACGAACCUCGAUAGAGAGAAAAUGGCGUCGUAGAUCAAUAUAUGCAAUAAACUGUUUGGUUUUUCGGUGUUUUCGGUGCGAUUUUCGUCCCGGAAAAGUGUGGGUGAUCGUUCCGGUGGUGAAACACGACGAGUUCCGGUACCGGAACGCGAUUCCCGGGUCGGUUUCGGCCGCGUUUUUUUAAUCUACCCCGUUACGAAUUGUGUAUACAAAAGUAUCUUUAGCAUGUAGCCUGCCUAUUGUGUUGAUAAAAAAGUAAAGGUUUCGGGGGUGCAAGAAAUGGCCAGUUCUCAGUCGGAGAUUAGGGUCGGAUCCGGGAAUCAAGCUAAAGAUAUUUACGCACGAUUGCCGGAUUACAGGCCGGCAAUCCCACCGGAGCAACUGUCCCCCGAUCCGGAAUUCAGUCGGACGCGCGAAGAACUACGAUGGAUUCCUGCGAUGACUCUCGACACCGAUCUGCUGAUGUACUUAAGAGCUGCUCGAUCCAUGGCUGCAUUCGCGGGGAUGUGCGAUGGUGGUUGUCCUGAAGACGGGGCGAAUGCUGCUUCUAGAGACGAUACUACCAUAAACGCCCUUGAUGUAUUACACGAUAGCGGAUACGAUCCGGGACGAGCGUUACAAGUGUUGGUGAAAUGUCCCGUUCCUAAAGGAAUCGAUAAAAAGUGGAGCGAAGAAGACACGAAAAGAUUCAUCAAAGGAUUGCGUCAAUUUGGGAAAAAUUUCUUCCGCAUUAAAAAAGACUUACUUCCGCAUCGCGAGACGCCGGAAUUAGUGGAAUUUUAUUAUUUAUGGAAAAAGACUCCGGGUGCAAAUAAUAAUCGACCUCAUCGUAGACGAAGACCUGGUUCGUUACGCCGCAUUCGUAACACACGAAAUAGUAGAGGAGGUAACACCCCGCCUACCACAGGUCGUAGUGGAGCGCCUGUUGAGCAAGCUGAAAAUAACAGGCCAUCUCCUCAGCCUGGAAAAGAGCCUGGUGAGACCAGUUCGGUUACGGAGGACGAUAAUUCUGAGGACGAUAGCGAUAGUCGAGAUUCACAAUAUAGGUGUCAACAUUGUUUUACGACAAAUUCAAGAGAUUGGCAACAAGCGGGAAAAGAUCGCCAAUUAUUAUGUUACGAUUGUCGGGUUCAUUUGAAAAAAAACAACGAGUUACCGCCGUUAAACGCGAACGGGGCCCAAAACGGUAUCAAAGACACGAAAGAUUCCUCAAAAGACUCAAAGGAUAAAGAGGAAAGUCCGGACGCGAGUCCACAACGCAUGCGCACCCGGAAUAAAGCCGCUAAAGAACAAAGUAAUAACCGAACGCGACCGAAACGCGGCACGGAAACGCCCGAACCAAAAACUCCCUCGAAACAAUCCGUAACCGGAAGCGGAAAUAGCCCGCUGGAGAAGGCAAACGGCUCGAGUACCCCCGCAAAGAAAAAAGGGAAAGUCGACAAGCCAGAAACGCCCUCAAAAAGCAGUCGGAAACGAACACAAGAUAAAUUAGACGAUAACGAAAUCGACGAAAAAGAUUUAGCGCUAUUUAAAAAGAAACGAGAGGGCGCUGAGAGCCCCUCGAGCGAUUCUGGGUCGUUAAACGAUGAACAGGACACGAACGAACCCGAAACCGAAUCAACCGAUAGCCUUCCUCCCGUUACCAACUUAACCCCUGUAACGGAAGUCGCAAAUAAAGAACAAGACGCAGUGCCUUCAAUUAAAAUUGAACCGGAAAUUGAAAAACCACUUCCACCACCUCCAGGCCCUCCAAUAGCUACAGUUCCAGUCAUUACAACACAUAAUGUUACACAUAAUGUUGCAAAUAACGUUCCACAUAAUGUUGCAAAUAAUGUUGCAAAUAAAGUUCCAACAAUCGUUUCAUCAAACGAGCCAUUAAACGUUUCGAUUCGACUUCCUGAUGAUGAACAAAGAAAAAAUUUGAUUAAUAAUAAAAGAAAUAGUUUGGUUGAUAUUAAAGAGUUGAAAGAAAAUAAAUUCGUCGAUGUCAAACCGGAAAUAAAACCACCCCCUGUUGAUGUUGGAAUAAUAAAAUCGGAGAAGGAGGAUGAUUUGAAAGAAAAUUUGAGUGGGGGAAUAAGUGGAACACCUUUAAAUAUAUCCGUUAAUGUCCCAGAAAAGUUUAAAACCGAAUUAAUAAUCCCGAAAGUUCCGCCAAUGGAAAAAGUGAUAAUCAAAGAAGAAAUAGAAUCGAGUAACGAAGCGAUUAAUUUAAACACAAAUAAAGACGAGAUUUACACCGCGGUAAAAGAGCCCCAACAAAUUAAUUUUAGCAUAAAAGAUAUUCAAGAAGAAUACGGAGGUUACAAUUCGUCCCAAAACAAAGAAACGAUCGUUAAAAUGGAACCGCGGGAUGAACCGAUCGAAUUAACUAAUAACUCGAGUCGCGCCGAUCUUUUUAACCAAUCAAUGACGGGGUCCCAAUUAAAUAUCCCGACGGUUAUUCCGAUGCAACGAGAAGUUUACGAAGAAAAACCCGAAAAAUUGGAACGACCUGAAAGGGUGGAUCGUCCAGAACGCACCGAUUUACAAAUUGGGCAACCCCCUCUCCCGAAUAUUUUACAAUCAGCGAAUUUAGUGACGAUUGGCGGACAACCGGGGUUAAAUCAUUACGGUUAUAUGCCUUACCCCCAUUCCCCGCGUAACUUAGAGAAGGUUCCUUCCCAAAAUAUGAUCCCGAAUCAAAUUGAGCCGCAAAAUUUAAAAAUAAAGCAAGAAGUGGCCGAAAUCCCGAAUACCCCGCAUAAUUUAACUAAUUACGGCGGGGGGAACAACAAUAAUAAUAAUAAUAAUAAUAAUUCGUCGAUGGGGUACAAUAAUCAAUCAUCUCAAAUGAUAACUCAACAAAGUAACAACAACAAUAAUAACUCGCUUUUAUCGCAACCGCCUCAAAGCAUGUAUCAACCUCAAAAUUCAUCAGGGAUGAUGCCCGGAAGUAGCGACCCCUUACAAAGCUUAAAAGACGUUAAAGUUCCUGGAUUUUCUUUACCCUCGGUUGUUGCGCAAACCGUCUCAGAGAGACCCCCUCCGGUUGAUAUCAAAAAAGAACCCGACCCAUAUCCAGUACCUGUAACCACAGCGAGCCCCGUUCAAGCUAAAAGCCCCGCCGUGCCUAAAACCAGUUCAACCCCCACCCCCGUCAUCAACGUGUCUCAAACCCCCCCUUUACGCGGAAGCAGUACAAAUUCGCCCCAACCCACGGUUUCUCACUCAGCAAUAAAUUUAAUCAGCCCGAAUGGGUCAAAUCCUUUACCCCCAACCUCCCAACCCGGUCCCCAUCCUUUCGCGAAUCCGAUGCACCCCCCUCACCCUUUAAUGCACUCUUUGUAUCCAUUCCCACACGCGUAUCCGGGUUACGCGUAUCCUUUUGGGUAUCCUUACGCGGUUCCUCAACCCCACGCAAUUCCCCCCCCACAUCAACCCUCAGCGAGUCGUCCCGACCCAAAUAUAAGUGCUAUGGUUAAUAAACCAACGAUUGAGACGAGUACAACAAUGAUAAGUAGCCAUAGUAACAGCACAACGAGUAGUUUAACAGCGCGAAGGGAGGUUCGCGAAACUGACGAACAUGGUGAGCGCAAAGAAAUGCACGAAACGACUCUAACUCAACAUCAUAGUACGUCCCAUCACAGCGCGGUGCAUUCAAGCACCGAAAAACAAAGCUUUGGGGGGACUAAUCACAGCAUAACGAUUUCGCAUUCAACCAGUUCUAGUUCGAGUCAAUCUUUGCAACACAAAAUUAACCAAAAAACCGUUCGGAGUAAUUCCCCCCACGGAUCGAAUAUGUCGGGCUCUUCGACCACAACGAGCAUUAAUCACACCGCAUCGUUAUCUAAUCACCAACACACUCACCACCAUACUCAUCACCACGAAAGAAUGUCGCCCGGUGGGGGAUCAAUGUUGCAAAUGAGACACGCGAUGCAUCCGAGUUUGCCGAAUCACUCGAAACCGCCGCCCCCUCAAGCGCUGCAAACGAACCCGCAUCAUUUGAUGAUCCAACCGCCUAGUAUGGGAGGGGGGCACCACCAGCCCUUAGGACCCCCGGCGAUGGCGAAUAGCUCGUUGGAAGCGUUGCGACAACACGCGGCGCAAGCUGCCGCGAAUAUGCAAAAUAUGCACCCCCCUUCGAAUUCUCCGAUGCAAUUGCAAGCGCCGAAAACGGAAGAAAUCAAAAUCGAACCUGAUCCGGCCCCAAGUCCGGAAGAAGAGAGCCAAGCUAGCCCGAUUGGACCACCUAGAGGGCCUUCCCCUGAACCGAGAAUUGAAGAUAGCGAGUGUCAUAGGAGUCAAUCAGCGAUAUUCUUACGUCAUUGGAAUCGCGGUGAUUACAAUUCCUGCACCCGCACCGAUCUCACCUUUAAACCGGUACCCGAUUCGAAAUUAGCUCGAAAACGCGAAGAACGCCUUCGCAAACAAGCGGAGCGCGAACGCGAAGAACGCGAACGUGCCCAACAAGCGCAAGCUCGUAAAAUAACAACUCCGGAUAAACCGGAUGUUAAACCGCCGUCUCGGGGGCCGUUAGAAUCGGUGAGUUCGCCGUACGAUCGUUUCCAACGUCCCGGAUUUCCCGAUACCCCCGCUUUACGGCAAUUAUCGGAAUACGCGAGACCUCACGCCGGAUUUAGUCCCGGACAUAUGCCGCGAUCGCUUCUUCCGCCCACGCAUUGUAUGGACCCGAUGAUGCAAUAUCAAUUAUCGAGUCUUUAUGGGGCUGGGGCGCGGGAACGGAUGGAAUUGGAACAUUUGGAGCGGGAAAAACGAGAACGCGAGAUCCGGGAGUUACGAGAGAGGGAGUUAAACGAUCGUUUGAAGGAGGAAAUUAUGAAAAGUGGGAUUAGAGGACCGCCGAAUCCGAUGGAUCCACAUUGGUUGGAGAUACAAAGAAGAUACGCCGCGGGGUUAGCAGGUCCAGCAGGUCCUGGUUUGCCCCUUCACCACUUUGCCUUGUAUCCUGGUGCUGGAGGAUCCGCCCCGUUAUCGCAAUUAGAUCGUGAACGAUUAGAACGGCUUGGAAUACCUCCUCCAGGUCCGCCGGGACCCCCCGGAGCCCCGCCAGGGCAUCCACAUCAUCCAGCUCACGCAGCCCAAUUAGAAGCGGCCGAACGUUUAGCUUUAGCUACUGAUCCAAUGGUAAAAGUGCGAUUACAAAUGGCUGGGAUUUCACCGGAGUAUCACGCCCAUACUCACGCGCACACCCACGCCCACACGCACCUCCAUUUACAUCCCCAACAACAACAAGCGCAACAAGAAGCAGCCGCGGCGGCCGCAGCUUUUCCACUUCCAGGCCUUUUAGCAUCAGGUGCGGCUGGGUAUCCACGACCGGGGUUGAUUCCGGGGCGAGAUGGUCCGUUGGGGUUGCAUCACCCUGAUUUGUUGGGACGCCCAUACGCGGAUCAAUUACAUCAGGCUGUGGCACAUGAACAAUUACAGAGACAAAUGCUGCUGGAGCGCGAACGAUUUCCACCUCAUCCAUCGUUGGUCGCCCAUGAGGAAUAUUUAAGGCAACAAAGAGAGCGGGAAUUGAAAGUGAGGGCUUUGGAGGAGGCAGCGCGAGGAUCUAGGCCGUAAAACAUUUUUGUGAAGAGAUUUGGAUGGUCUCUUUUUUGUAAUUAUCACUAAAUUAGGGAAGUUUUUCUACGCGACGUAAACUUACUGUGUAAUAAAAGGUGGGUUAAUUAUUAAUUUAAUUUUUUUUUUAAAUUAUUUUAUGGUCGUCGAUGUGUAGUGUUGUGGACUCGAUUCAAAUCGGGGUUAUUUUGAUUAAAAAUGAUCUCGUUUGGUUGCGAAGUGUAGUGGUGUAAAAUUUUCUUCAUAAAUUAGAUAACAAAAAAAAAAUGAAACGAUUCAAACUGUAAAUAAUCAUUGUGUAUUUAUAGUUAUUUUUUUAAAAACAAAAAGAGACGGUGUAAAUAGCAUUUUUUGUUGGGGGUUCCCCUUUUUAACAUUUUCGUUUUCUGUAUAUUGUUUCAAGUCGAAAAUUUUACAUUUUUUCGCAAAAUUUUUUUAAAAUUAUCUCAUUCUUUUUAAAUGAAAAAUCGUACCAAAGAAUUAGUUUCGUUCCCCGUGGAAAGAUGGACACCUUUUCGUUUCCGCAAAAUAUACAGAUCUAAUAAUAAAAAAAUCUUUAUCGCGAAAAUUAGAAUUAAGGAUAAAUAGGAAUUUGUAAAUACAAUAAUAAAAUAACUUGAGCGAUGCUUUUUUUGUAUUAGAGACAGACUUUCUAAGAUAUAAAUGUCUAUAUAUUUAAAAAGUAAAUAAAUUUCAUUUGUAAAAAAA